AUGAGUGUUGCGCAAAAGGCAGUGAUAAAAAAUCCGCAAAAACUUCAAGAAUUUUAUUCUGAUAUACGCGAAAAAAAAAUUAAUUCAUAUGUUAUUUUCGAAAUUCUUCGAGAUGGUACAAUAGUUGUUGAUGAAAAAGGGCCGAUACGCAAAUCCUAUGCAGAAUUUCUUGAGAGAUUUUUUGAAAUUUCCCGUGGUAGAGAUGAAUGCCUGUAUGCGAUGGUUGAUGUGGAGGUGCGACCUGGUACCAAAAAAUUCGUCUUCCUUCUUUACUGUGGAGAUCAAAUUACACGACAAUUUAUUGUGAAAGGUGCCUUAUUAUUCUGUGAAAUGAAGACAACUUUUCGCUCUGCCGAUCUUCAACUAAUGGCUGCAGAUUAUCGCGAUAUCGCAGAGGAUAGCAUCAAGCGAUAUCUAUAA